CCGAGCCCUGGAAUGUCGAGUAGCGGUUCGGGCUCUUCCUCGCGGAAGGAGUUCGAUGUGAAGCAGAUCCUCAGGAUCCGAUGGAGGUGGUUCGGUCACCCCGCGGUCCCUCCGCCUCACUCCCCGCCGCUUGGAGACUACUUCGCCGGGCGAAGAGCAGGCGGCAGCUCCGGAGACGGAGCUUCAGCCAACGCAAACCCCGGCGCAGGGGGUCACAGCGGGCUGGUGGCCAGCGGCAGCGCCGGGUCUAACCUGUGUGACGGCAGCAACAGAAAGUUUGCUAAUCCGACGGGGAGUCGGGGCGGACCGGGAGGAGCUGUCGGAGCGACGGGGAGCUCCUGCACGCGCUCUUUCAGUCAGCCAGAGUGCAGGAGUCCCGCCGCCGCGGCGCUGUCGUGGGUCUCCCCGCCGCCUCAGCGUCGUUCCCGAACCGCAGCGAACAUGGAGCCCCCCGGCGAGGCUCCGGUGCCUCAGCAGGUAUCCGAGUCAACCGCUCCCGUCGGGGUCGAGGAGGGGGCGACGGCGGCAGCACCAGCCGCGUCGGGCACUGAGGACCACCACCAGGAAACCGACUCCAGCUCGUGCAGGACGUCCAACAGCAGCGCCACGCUGUCCUCUUGCGUGUCCAUGGAGCCGUAUGCGUGUCCAGAGGAGUGCACGUUCACCGCCUUGUCCCACGCCGACGUCACCUUCCGCAAGAUGGAGGGCUACCUGAGGUCCCGGCAGCUGUGCGAUGUCGUGCUGGUGGUGGGAGACAGGCGGAUACCUGCACACAGGCUGGUGCUCUCGUCCGUGUCGGACUACUUCGCGGCCAUGUUCACCAGCGAUGUGAGGGAGGCCAAGCAGGACGAGGUGAAGAUGGAAGGAGUGGACUCCGAUGCAUUGUGGGUCCUGGUGCAGUAUGCAUACACAGGCCGGCUCGAUCUGAGGGAGGACACCGUUGAGUCUCUGCUGUCGGCCUCCUGCCUGCUGCAGCUGUCGGCAGUGGUCCAAGCUUGCUGUUCGUUCCUCAUGAAGCAGCUCCACCCCUCCAACUGUCUGGGCAUCCGCUCCUACGCCGACGCUCAGGGCUGCAAUGACCUGCAGCGGGCCGCUCACGCGUACACCAUGGAACACUUUUUAGAGGUGGUGGGAGGCCAGGAGUUCCUGUUGCUCCCGAUGGAGGAGAUGGAGAGGCUGAUCACGUCGGAUGACAUCAAUGUGCCCGACGAGGAGACCCUGGUAACCUCUCUGCUGACGUGGGUCCGCCACGACACCGACGUGCGACAGCAUCACCUGCCCUUGCUGCUGGCUAACAUCCGACUGCCACUGCUGCAGCCACAGAUCUUGGCCGACCUGGAGUCCAACCCUCUGCUGCGAGACAGUAUGGAGUGCCAGCGACUGCUGAUGGAGGGCAUGAAGUAUCACCUCUUGCCCCAGCGCCAGCCGCUGCUUCAGAGUCCCCGGACCCGGCCCCGCAAGGCCACGGUCGGGGCCAUGUUUGCCGUAGGGGGCAUGGACGCGACGAAAGGGGCCACCAAUAUCGAGCAGUACUGCCUGCGUCGGGACACGUGGAGGCAGGUAGCCACCAUGAGUGGACGGAGGCUGCAGUUUGGUGUCGCUGUCCUCAACGGCCGUCUGUACGUGGUGGGCGGCCGAGACGGACUCAAGACCCUCAACACCGUGGAGUGUUACAACCCCCACAGCAAGGCCUGGAGCGUCAUGCCUCCUAUGUCCACGCACAGGCACGGCUUAGGCGUGGCCGUCCUCGAGGGGCCAAUGUACGCAGUCGGAGGACAUGAUGGCUGGAGCUACCUCAGCACAGUGGAAAGGUGGGACCCUCAGGCCCGGCAGUGGAGCUUUGUCGCAAGUAUGGCAACACCCAGAAGCACGGUGGGAGUAGCUGUCCUCAACGGCAAGCUGUAUGCAGUAGGAGGUCGUGACGGCUCCUCCUGCCUGCGCUCCGUGGAGUGUUUCGACCCCCACACCAACAGGUGGAGCGGUUGUGCUCCCAUGGCUAAAAGGCGUGGAGGUGUGGGUGUGGCCACAUGGCAUGGCUUCUUGUACGCCAUCGGAGGUCAUGAUGCUCCGGCCUCAUCCCUCGCAUCUCGGCUAAGUGACUGUGUGGAGAGGUAUGACCCUCAGACAGAUGUGUGGACGGCAGUCGCCCCAAUGAGCAUCAGCAGAGAUGCAGUUGGUGUUUGUCUCCUUGGCGACCGUCUCUACGCCGUGGGCGGCUAUGACGGGCAGGUGUAUCUCAAUACUGUAGAAGCCUACGACCCUCAGACAAACGAGUGGACACAGGUAGCACCUCUGUGUCUGGGCAGGGCAGGAGCAUGUGUGGUGGCUGUCAGACUGUAAACCCCCACCCCCAAAACCAAAGUCCCAAUCCACAUGACAUGCGGCUCGGAUCGUCCGAUGUGGUCGCUGAAGUCCCACCGAGAACCCCGUCUGCCUGUGGCCGACGCCCAGGUGGUGCGGGACAUGAACAUGAACAGGCUUACCACUUCGGCAAAGUCAAAGUCUCCCUCACGGCGGCCUCUCGUUCAUUUCGACGUUUACGGUUAGGUUUGGGGGGAACAUCGCGCGUCAGGUUUCCAAUGAAGUCUUCGUAUUUGAGCAUCCUGAUAACUUCUGCCACAGAAGUGAACCGCCACCCAUGAUUAAGAGGAACCUGCAGUGUUUAUCCGAGCGUGAAGGAACACCUGUCUCGCAGAUUCCUUUUUUAAAUUUAUUUUUUAAUCUUGCCUAUUUUUGUUCCUGUAGACAAGGUGGGACACACACACACACACACACACACACUCUUACAUGGUUGCUUUCAGCUUCUACUUCUGCUGACAGUAAGGGUGAGCGGGACAUCGUGAGAUUGUCAUUGCUGUUGAGGCGCCUCAUCAUUUGACACUCCCGGCUCUCCUAACAAUGCCUGUUGGCGUGUAUUGAUGCUAUUUUCAUAUAUCCCCGAUUAUUUCAUGCCGCGGUUGGCGAGUUGCUCUCUUUCCCCUCCUCACUGAAGGAUGAAAGAAAUACUUUUGACACAAUCAGCACAACCUUAUGAACAGCCACGCAGUGAGAAACUGUGGUGCUGUUUAUUCUUCUCAGUCACAAACAUAUCAUCGCGCUUUUAUCUAUUAUGUCUGUGUAUGUCUCCUAUGUUGCAUCAGCUCAUAUCUAAAGUUAUUGGUGCUUUUUAUACAAGCUGCAAUCGCAAAUUAUCCAACUUUUUUCUUUUGCCUGUUUUUUUUCUUCUUUUUUUAACUUUCACAUUCUGCUUAAUGAUUCAGAUAAUUGUGACCCAUUAAGCAAUAACUAGGUUUUUUUAAGGAGUAAGAAUAAUCUAAUCAUGGUUUUAAAUGUCUCACAGCACACAGGGCCAGCUAUUACAGGCUUGGUUUUACACAGGGUCCGUGAAGCAUUCCUGUCCUACUCAUGUGGGUCUCUUUCUCUCUCUGUGUGUGUGUGUGUGUGUGUGUGUGUGUGUGUGUGUGUGUGUGUGUGUGUGUGUGUGUCUGUCUUUGUGUCUGCGUGUGUACAUAUGUGUUCAGAGAUUGCAGGGAGUAUUUUUUUUAACUCAAAUGAGAAUCUUCUCUCCUUAUUUUCAAUUCCCUGCUGUCUUCUUUUCGUCCCUAUUUUCCCAUUUUAUCACCACACACAAAUACACACGCACAAUACUUACAGUCACACACACACUGACACAAACACAUGCACGUUUUAGAGCAGAAUUGGAUACCCAGACAAAAUGAACAACAGACCAUAUAAUGAGAUCAUGAAUUUACUAUGGUUGAUUCAUCCGGUGCCAACGUUUUUGUUUGAUGUUAAGUUCAAAGUGUUAUUAGAUUUGACGCCGCUGCAGACAAAGUACGAGAUGAUAUUAUGAAAAUGUAUCCUGUGAAACAACCUCAUGUGUUGCCGUGUUUGUGUAAACUUACAUGUCGAGACAUACAAACAGGCGGACUGCAGGUUCAAUACGAACACACACCACAAUCAUUUUAUGUCGUAUACUUAAUUGUGUAUUUCCCUCUCGUGUGUGUCUGUGUGUGUGACAGUGACAGGCAAAGCAGGCACCCUGUCUGAACUGACAGAUCUAGAGCUAAUGUAGCCCCAGGAUGCACUUCACAAACACACAAACGGUCAUAUCACACACACACACCACACACACACACUUAACCAUACAGCUGAAAGCCAAUUGCCCCAGGAGCCAGCGAGGAUUGAAAAGUCUCCCAGAUCUACCGGCAUGACAUCUAUAAAGCAGAGCCGGUGCUGGGUGAGCGAUUCCCCGCAGCUGAACUGAUGUUGAUUUAAGCUUAAUGCACUGCUGCAUUAUUCUAUUUUCUUCGGCCUUCAAACCAGCCGCUGUUUAUUUAGAAGAGUAAUUCUCUUUAGAUGGGAGCAGGAGAAGUGUGUCACCUCCACGAUGUAAAGGUAGUCAGAGAGUUUGAUUUCAGUCAGAGGUUAAAAACAAAGACGGACAUUCCAACUCAAACCAUAUAUUUUGUGUAUAUUAUGUACAUAAAUAAAUAUAUCUGUAUGUAGUCUUAUUGUAUUAUGCUGUAUAUUAUACAGUACCCACUAAAUCGACCACAUGUUAUUGUGCAUUUCUUUUUGUACCAUGACUUGAGAUGAAGGGGUUUAAUAAAAUGAUGGCUGGUGUGAAUUGGUAGACCUGCUCAUCUCCUCUUUUUGUAUCAGAAUAUAAUGCUUCUCCUCUUUUACUAUAUAAAUUAUGUAUGUAUGAUAUAUAUGCUGCUGUAAAAUGCUGUUAUUGGUCUUUUAUACAUUAAAGUCAAGAUGUGAUUUGACUUUGUGAGGGGCGGCUUUAGUGAGGGGGGGUAAGAGGGCCGUCUUGCAACCGCAGGGUUGUGGGUUCGAUCCCCGCUCUCCCCAUUAGUUGCAAGUCGAAGUGUCCUUGAGCAAGGCACUGAACCCCCAGUUGCUUCCCGGGCGCUUCACCGCAGCCCACUGCUCCUUAAUAACUAAGGAUGGGUUAAAUGCAGAGAACUAAUUUCCCCUUGGGGAUUAAUAAAAGUGUAUAUUCUAUUCUAUUUAA